AUGUGUGACUGUGAGAUCAGCUGGAACGGCUGGUACCGUCUCUACAUUCAGAAUCAGAGCGUUCAGAUGCCAGACACAUGUGUUGAUCAGGAGAGCUGUGGUACUCAUGCUCCACUCUGGCUGAGAGGAGGACAUCCAACAGUUGAGGAUGGAGUGGUCACUCGAGAUGUCUGCGGUCACUAUGACAAUGACUGCUGCUCUUUUCUGUCCAAUCCCAUUAAAGUUAAAGCAUGUCAAGAUUAUUAUGUCUACGAGUUUGUGAAACCAGCUUUCUGCUAUUUAGCAUAUUGCGCAGAAAGUCAGGACCUUGGUUUAACGUCUCAUCUGAAAGAUGGGCAACAAAUCUCUAUGUGGAUCAUUAGAUCAGCUGUAGGCCCUGUGUCUCACAUGGUUGCCGUUGAUGGCAACACUGCCCAAGUUGCCCGACAGCAAGGUUAUUACCACGGUCAAGACACAGAAACGGUUCCUCCUGUUGACCCCUGCAACAACUACAAUGUGCUAGAUGAUCCUUGGAGAGCCACCAACAAUCAAUAUACCUCUGAAUUGAUGUGUGACUGUGAAGUUAGCUGGAAUGGCUGGUACCGUCUCUACAUUCAGAAUCACAGCGUUCAGAUGCCAGACACAUGUGUUGAAGAGUAUAGCUGUGGUACUCAUGCUCCACUCUGGCUGAAUGGAGGACAUCCAACAGUUGAGGAUGGAGUGGUGACUCGAGAUGUCUGUGGUCACUGGGACAAUAAUUGCUGCUAUUUCAACUCCAAUCCUAUUCAAGUCAAAGCCUGUCCAGGCAAUUAUUUUGUUUACGAGUUUGUGAAACCCAAUUUCUGCUCUUUGGCAUACUGUGCAGCUGUAGCAAGCAUAAAUGCUACCUAUUCUACUGCCACACCAAUGGAAACGUCAACAGCCAGUACAACAAUCACCUUAACUGAAAGUGCAAUCAAUGACACCACUACUUCAGAAAGCGCAACAACUAGGACCCCAACAACAGAAAGCAUCACCACAGGCAUUCUAUCAGAGACCAUGACAACAGAAAGCAUCACCACUGGUUCUGCAACUCCAGAAAGCACAACAGUUUUCGAAAGUACAACCACUGGCACCACAAUGCCAGAAAGCACUACAACGGAUAUAAUUAAAACAGAAAGCACCACAACUGAUUCUGCAACCCCAGAAAGCACCACACUGUUACAAAGUACAACCACUGGCACCACUACUCCACAACAGAAAAAAACAGAGACCGCAACAACAGAAACUACUACACCUAGGAACACAACAGAGACUACAACAAUAAAAAGUACUACCGCAACUGAAAUCACAACAACAGAAGACACCACAAUGAAGGGCAGUAAAACCACUGAAACCACCACUUUAGAAAGCACAAAAACAGAAAAUAUCACACCUGGUAUUACAACUUCAGGAAGUACAAAAAAGGAAACCACAACUACAGAAAGCACCACCACAGGUACUACAACGCCUGUAAGCACAACAGUUGAGACCACAAAAAUUCUAAGUACUACCACAGACACCACAACAGACAACAUGACAACAAAAAGCACCACCACUGGUUUUACAACUCCAGAAAACAUAUCAGUGUUAGAAAAUACAACCACUAGUACUACUAUUGGCACCACCAAUUUAGAAAGUACAACAACAGAAAGCACUAAAACAGAAAGUACCCCUGAUAUUACAACUUUUGAAAGUACAACAAUUGAAACCACAACUACAGAAAAGACCACUAAAUAUACCACAACACCGGGAAGCACAACAGCCGAGCCCACAACAAUAGAAAGUACAAGCACUGGCACCAAAACAGACACCAUAAAAACAGAAAGCACCAUCGCUGGUUCUACUUUAGAAAGCACAACAGUGUUAGAAAGUACUACUGGCACCAUCACUUCAGAAAGUACAACAAAAAAGAUAACAACAGAAGGUACCACCCCGGUGAUGACAACCAAGAUUGCAACAAAAGUAAGUACAACCACAACAGAUAUCACAACAACAGAAGGUCCUACCUUGACAGAAAAUUCUACCACACAGACCACAACAACAGAAAGCACUACCACAGGUACCACAACACCAGAAAGCACAACAACCGAGAUCACAACAAUAGAAAGUAAUACCACAGCCACCAUAACUCCAGAAAGUACUACAUCUAGAACAGAAAGCAGCACAACUGACACUACAACAGAAAGUACAACCAAUGGCACCACAAAUCCAGUGAGCACAAACCCUGGUAACACAAAUCCACAAAUUAAUACCGCAGAGACCACAACAACAGAAACCACCAUAACAAACAGUGCAACUACAGAGUACUACCCCAGAGACCCCAACAACAGAAACCACCAUAACAAAAAGUACAACCACAGUACAACCACUGGCACCACAACUUCAGAAAGUACUACCCCAGAGACAACAACAACAGAAACCACAACAAAAAGUAUAACCACAGGUACCACAACUCCAGAAAGUACUACCACCAGAACAGAAAACACCACAACUGAAAUUACAACAACAGAAAGUACAACCAUUGGCACCACAACUUCAGAAAGUACUACCCCAGAGACAACAACAACAGAAACCACAACAAAAAGUAUAACCACAGGUACCACAACUCCAGAAAGUACUACCACCAGAACAGAAAGCAGCACAACUGACAUUACAACAGCGGAAAGUACAACCACUGGCACCACAACUCCAGAAAGUACUACACCAGAGACAACAAUAGAAAGUUCAAUCACUGGCACCACAACUCUACAAAGUACUACCACAGAUACCACAACAAUAGAAACCACCAUACCAACAAAUACAAUGACAAGUGCAACAACUCCAGAAAGUACUACUACCAAAACAGAAAGCACCAAAACUGACAUUACAACAACAGAAAGUACAACCACUAGCACCACUACUCCACAAAGUACUAUCACAGAGACCACAACAACAGAAAGCACCACAACAGGGACCACUACAACAGAAAGCACAAGCACUGGCACCACAACUCCACAAAGUACUACCACAGAGACCAGCACAACAGAAAUUACAACAACUGGCACCACAACUCCACAAAGUACUACCACAGAGACCACCACAACAGAAAACACAACCACAGGUUCGACAGCUCCAGAAAGUACUACCACAAGAACAGAAAGCACCACAAUUGAUUUUACAACAAAAGAAAGUACAACUACUGGCACCACUACUCCACAAAGUAGUACCACAGAGACCACCACAACAGAAAGUACCACAACAGGGACCACCACAAUAGAAAGCACAACCACAGGUUCGACAGCUCCAGAAAGUACUACCACUAGAACAGAAAGCACCAUAACUGACAUUACAACAACAGAAAGUACAACCACUAGCACCACUACUCCACAAAGUACUAUGACAGAGACCACAACAACAGAAAGCACCACAACAGGGACCACUACAACAGAAAGCACAACCACUGGCACCUACCACAGAGACCAACACAACAGAAAGUACCACAACAGGGACCACCACAACAGAAAGCACAACCACAGGUUCGACAGCUCCAGAAAUAGUACCACAGAGACCACCACAACAGAAAGUACCACAACAGGGACCACCACAACAGAAAGCACAACCACAGGUUCGACAGCUCCAGAAAGUACUACCACCAGAACAGAAAGCACCAUAACUGACAUUACAACAACAGAAAGUACAACCACUAGCACCACUACUCCACAAAGUACUAUGACAGAGACCACAACAACAGACAGCACCACAACAGGGACCACUACAACAGAAAGCACAACCACUGGCACCACAAUUCCAGAAAGUACUACCACAGAGACCACCACAACAGAAAGUACAACAACUGGCACCACAACUCCACAAAGUACUACCACAGAGACCACCACAACAGAAAGUACAACUACUGGCACCACAACGCCACAAAGUAGUACAACAGAGACCACCACAACAGAAAGUAUCAUAACAGGGACCACUACAACAGAAAGCACAAGCACUGGCACCACUACUCCACAAAGUACCACCACAGAGACCACCACAACAGAAAGCACAACCAAAGAACUACCACAGAGAACACAACAACAGAAAGCACUACAACGAGGACCACUACAACAGAAGGGCACCACAACUCCACAAAGUAGUACCACAGAGACCACCACAACAGAAAGUACAACAACUGGCACCAUAACUCCACAAAGUAGUACCACAGAGACCACUACAACAGAAGGUACCACAACAGGGGCCACUACAACAGAAAGCACAAGCACUGGCACCACAACUCCACAAAGUACCACAAAAGGGACCACUACAACAGAAAGCACAACCACUAGCACCACUGCUCCACAAAGUACUAUCACAGGGACCACAAUAACAGAAAGCACCACAACAGGGACCACUACAACAGAAAGCACAAGCACUGGAACAUUAUUUCCAGAAAGUACUACUACAGAGAUCACAACAACAGCAAGCACGGCAACAGAAAGCACAACUACUUUCAACACAACUCCACACAAAAGCACAACUACUCUAAACACAACUCCACACAGUACUACCACAGAGACCACAACAACAGAAAGCACCACAACAGGGACCACUACAACAGAAAGCACAAGCACUGGCACCACAACUCCACAAAGUACUAACACAGAGACCACUACAACAGAAAGUACAACAACUGGCACCACAACUCCACAAAGUAGUACCACAGAGACCACCACAACAGAAAGUACCACAAUAGGGUCCACUUCAACAGAAAGCACAAGCACUGGCACCACAACUCCACAAAGUACUUCCACAGAGACCACCACAACAGAAAGCACAGCAACAGAAAGCACAACUACUCUCAACACAACUCCACACAGUACUACCACAGAGACCACAACAACAGAAAGCACCACAACAGGCACCACUACAACAGAAAGCACAAGCACUGGCACCACAACUCCACAAAGUACUACCACAGAGACCACUACAAAAGAAAGCACAACCACAGGUUUGACAGCUCCAGAAAGUACUAUCACCACAACAGAAAGCACCACAACUGACAUUACAACAACAGAAGGUACAACCACUAGCACCACUACUCCACAAAGUACUACUACAGAGAUCACAACAACAGCAAGCACAGCAACAGAAAGCACAACUACUCUCAACACAACUCCACACAGUACUACCACAGAGACCACAACAACAGAAAGCACAACAACAGGGACCACUACAACAGAAAGCACAAGCACUGGCACCACAACUCCACAAAGUACUACCACAGAGACCACAACAACAGAAAGCACAACAACAGGGACCACUACAACAGAAAGGACAAGCACUGGCACCACAACUCCACAAAGUACUACCACAGAGACCACUACAACAGAGGGUACAACAACUGGCACCACAACUCCACAAAGUAGUACCACAGAGACCACCACAACAGAAAGUACAACUGGCACCACAACUCCACAAAGUAGUACAACAGAGACCACCACAACUGGAAGUACCACAAUAGGGUCCACUUCAACAGAAAGCACAAGCACUGGCAGCACAACUCCACAAAGUACUACCACAGAGACCACUACAACAGAAAGUACAACAACUGGCACCACAAUUCCAGAAAGUACUACUACAGAGAUCACAACAACAGCAAGCACAGCAACAGAAAGCACAACUACUCUCAACACAACUCCACACAGUACUACCACAGAGACCACAACAACAGAAAGUACCACAAUAGGGUCCACUUCAACAGAAAGCACAAGCACUGGCACCACAACUCCACAAAGUACUACCACAGAGACCACUACAACAGAAAGUACAACAACUGGCACCACAAUUCCAGAAAAAAGCACAACCACAGGUUUGACAGCUCCAGAAAGUACUAUCACCACAACAGAAAGCACCACAACUGACAUUACAACAACAGAAGGUACAACCACUAGCACCACUACUCCACAAAGUACUACUACAGAGAUCACAACAACAGCAAGCACAGCAACAGAAAGCACAACUACUCUCAACACAACUCCACACAGUACUACCACAGAGACCACAACAACAGAAAGCACAACAACAGGGACCACUACAACAGAAAGCACAAGCACUGGCACCACAACUCCACAAAGUACUACCACAGAGACCACAACAACAGAAAGCACAACAACAGGGACCACUACAACAGAAAGGACAAGCACUGGCACCACAACUCCACAAAGUACUACCACAGAGACCACCACAACAGAGGGUACAACAACUGGCACCACAACUCCACAAAGUAGUACCACAGAGACCACCACAACAGAAAGUACAACUGGCACCACAACUCCACAAAGUAGUACAACAGAGACCACCACAACUGGAAGUACCACAAUAGGGUCCACUUCAACAGAAAGCACAAGCACUGGCAGCACAACUCCACAAAGUACUACCACAGAGACCACUACAACAGAAAGUACAACAACUGGCACCACAAUUCCAGAAAGUACUACUACAGAGAUCACAACAACAGCAAGCACAGCAACAGAAAGCACAACUACUCUCAACACAACUCCACACAGUACUACCACAGAGACCACAACAACAGAAAGUACCACAAUAGGGUCCACUUCAACAGAAAGCACAAGCACUGGCACCACAACUCCACAAAGUACUACCACAGAGACCACUACAACAGAAAACCACCACAACAGAAAGUACAACAACUGGUACCACAACUCCACAAAGUAG